GGCCUGCCGUGCGAGUGUUGACGUGUCGAGGAGGCGGAGCCCAAGACUGCAAAGGCUUGGGGUUCCACUUGCUCGGUUCGAGCUGCAGAGGCGCUUCUCUUUUUGCAGUCAUGGGUGUGCACCGUGGCUCUGCACGGGCCGCUACCGCCUCAGAUAAAGUACAGAAAAACAAGUCUGCACGGACAUCAGGGCUCAGCCAAGGCAGCCGCAUGGAGAAACUUCUGGGGUUUGAAUGGACAGAUUUAUCUAGUUGGCAGAGUUUCGUGACCUUGCUUAACCGACCAACAGACCCCGCAAACCUGGCCGUCUUUCGUUUUCUCUUUGCGUUCUUGAUGCUACUGGACAUUCCGCAGGAACGGGGCCUUAGCUCCCUGGACCGAAAAUACUUGGACGGGCUGGAUGUGUGCCGCUUCCCCUUGCUGGACGCCUUGCGCCCACUGCCACUUGACUGGAUGUAUCUUGUCUACACCAUCAUGUUUCUGGGGGCACUGGGCAUGAUGCUGGGCCUGUGCUACCGGCUGAGCUGUGUGUUAUUCCUGCUACCGUACUGGUACGUGUUUCUCCUUGACAAGACAUCGUGGAACAACCAUUCCUAUCUGUAUGGUUUGUUGGCCUUUCAGCUGACAUUCAUGGAUGCAAACCACUACUGGUCUGUGGAUGGCCUGCUGAAUGCCCGAAAGAAAAAUGCCCACGUGCCUCUUUGGAAUUACACAGUCCUGAGAGGCCAGAUCUUCAUUGUGUAUUUCAUUGCGGGUGUGAAAAAGCUGGAUGCAGACUGGGUUGAGGGCUACUCCAUGGAACAUUUGUCCCGGCAUUGGCUCUUUAGUCCCUUCAAGCUGGUGUUGUCUGAGGAGCUAACAAGCCUGCUGGUGGUACACUGGUGUGGUCUUCUCCUUGACCUCUCAGCUGGCUUCCUGCUCUUUUUUGAUGCCUCAAGACCCAUUGGCCUCGUCUUCGUGUCUUACUUUCACUGCAUGAAUUCGCAGCUCUUCAGCAUAGGUAUGUUUCCCUAUGUCAUGCUGGCCAGCAGCCCCCUCUUCUGCUCAACUGACUGGCCUCGGAAGCUGGUAGCCCGGUGCCCCAAAAGGCUGCGAGAGCUGCUGCUGCCCACCAAAGAUGCUCCCCGGCCCAGUGCUUCCUGUGUCUAUAAGAGGGCCCGGGCCAGGGCUGGUCAAAAGCUGGGGCUGCGCCACCAGCUGGGAGCCGUCUUCACCCUGCUCUACCUUCUGGAGCAGCUCUUCCUGCCGUAUUCCCAUUUCCUCACCCAGGGUUACAACAACUGGACAAACGGGCUGUACGGCUAUUCCUGGGACAUGAUGGUACACUCCCGCUCCCACCAGCAUGUAAAGAUCACCUACCGUGAUGGCCUCACUGGCGAGCUUGGCUACCUUAACCCUGGGGUAUUCACACAGAGCCGGCGAUGGAAGGAUCAUGCAGACAUGCUGAAGCAAUAUGCCACUUGCCUGAGCCUCCUGCUUCCCAAGUACAAUGUCACUGAGCCCCAGAUCUACUUUGAUAUUUGGGUCUCCAUCAAUGACCGCUUCCAGCAGAGGCUUUUUGACCCUCGUGUGGACAUCGUGCAGGCUGUCUGGUCCCCCUUCCAGCGCACGCCUUGGGUGCAGCCACUCUUGAUGGACUUAUCUCCUUGGAGGACCAAGUUACAGGACAUUAAGAGCAGUUUGGACAACCACACUGAGGUGGUCUUCAUUGCAGAUUUCCCCGGGCUUCACCUAGAGAAUUUUGUGAGUGAAGACUUGGGCAACACUAGCAUCCAGCUGCUGCAGGGAGAAGUCACCGUGGAAUUGGUGGCAGAACAGAAAAACCAGACUCUUCGGGAGGGAGAAAAAAUGCAGUUGCCUACUGGAGAGUACCAUAAAGUCUACACGGUGUCAUCUAGUCCCUCCUGCUAUAUGUACGUCUAUGUGAACACUACAGAGGUGGCAUUGGAGCAAGACCUGGCCCAUCUGCAGGAGUUAAAGGAGAAGGUAGAGAACGGAAGUGAAACAGGGCCCCUGCCUCCAGAACUUCAGCCUCUUUUGGAAGGGGAGGUAAAAGGGGGCCCUGAGCCAACACCUCUGGUCCAGACCUUUCUAAGACGGCAGCGGAAACUCCAAGAGAUUGAACGCCGGCGAAAUAGCCCUUUCCAUGAGCGAGUCCUCCGCUUCUUGCUGCGAAAGCUGUAUGUCUUUCGACGCAGCUUCCUGAUGACUCGAAUUUCACUCCGAAAUCUGCUAUUAGGCCGUCCUUCCCUAGAGCAGCUAGCCCAAGAGGUGACAUAUGCAAACUUGCGACCAUUUGAACCAGUUGAUGAGUCAAGUGCUUCCAACAUCGAUUCUUCAAACUCUAACCCUUCAGAGCCAGAUUCUGAGCAUGUUCACUCUGAGUUCUGAGGGAAGUCCAGAUGUUCUGUGCAGAUGUGGGAGCAGCAUGUUACAGAGUUACUGUCUAUGCAAAGGAUAUUAUCUAUUUUGAGACAAGCUUUCACAGUACAGCCCAGGCUGGCCUCAAACUCCUCUACUUCAACCUGAGUGUUUUGUGGUUAUAUGUGUAUCACCAAACCUAGUUUUUUUCCUUUUGUUUUUCCCCCUUUAUAAGCUCUUUAUGAUAGCUUACAGAAUUCAAGACAACAGAGAAGAAUUUGAAUGCCA